UAAUAAAGAAUAUAUAUUAUUCUUAAAAGCCAUGCAUUGUCGCGGAAGUCAUUCAGCCCGUAUCGACGAGCGCCAAUAUUCGCGCCAACUUCGAAGGAAAGAAACCCGUCAACAUUGGGAAUGGCACACGUAGAUUGUGUGAAUAAUUUUGAGAAUGACCCAAAAGUCGCUGUGGGAUGCAAAGAUGAAAAUGAUGGCGGUCCUCCUUCCAAAAAAUUAAGACAAGCUCGUUUGCCUUUCAAGCCUUUGGAACAGAAACCCCAAAUUGUUUCCCCACAGGGACCAAAAAAGAGAAAGCUUUCUGAUGGCGAAUCACCAAGUGCCAAACUACACAAGAACCACAAACAGGAGCGCCAGCCAUCUGGGGAUAGCAAGCCCCUGGCUCCAUGCAUUGUUGAUCAUGAUCCUGAAGUCAGUUCCAGUUCAGAAGCGGAGAAUAUUCCAGUAGGAUUUCCGAACCGCAUCCGUAAUACUCUAGAGCGCUUUGUGAGGAAAGGUCCUCAGGAGGAGAUCAGCUCUACAAAUGAUUGUAUUGAUAUUGUAGAAAAGAAUGAUGAGGAUGCUGAGAAACAGGAAAAGACCAGUUGUAUUUCAAAUGAUUUGGAUGACUCGGAAAAGAAAUUGCCUGAUCAAGAAAACACCAAGGGGUCUGAUAAGGACUCUUCAAACAAGGAACAAGAGGGGUCUGAUAAGGACUCUUCAAACAAGGAACAAGAAAUGUCUAUUAAUGAUGUAUCCAUAUCAUGUACCCCAGAAAUAGAAAUGACCAAGGAUGAAAGUAAAGUUGAGCCAAAGGAAGAUGUAUCAGAAGUACAGUCAGAGAGUCAAGAAGUUGUCUCCAUUGAAGAAGACGUUUCAAAAAAUGAUUCAAAAGAUAUUUUGAGUGAAGAUGCAUCUACAAAAGAAACCAAUGAUGUUUCAAUGGAUGAAGAAGAUGUGUCUUCAUCUGAAGAUGUAAAAUUGAACACUCCUGCCAAAACCAAUAAGCUUGCUGCUAGUCCAUUAAAGACCCCUAAAGCUGAGGUAAACCAGGCCAGUUCAGCUAGCCCAACAUCUACACCAGCAGAGAGUCCUGUCUGUCCUCAGACACCUGGUUUAGAUAGCCCAGAGAGCGGUAGUGAUGGAACAAAGGCUGUUCGGUCAAAGCUUUCUGCAGCAAAAAAGAAAGAAAAGGAAACUCUGCGACAAAAGGUCAAAGAAGAGAGGGAAAAGAAACUUGAAGAAAAGAGACUAAAGAAGGAGGAAGAACGUCUGGAAAGGGAAGAGAAAAAGAAAGAGAGGGAUGAAGCCAAAGCUCUCAAAGAAAAACAGAAAGAGGAAGAAAAGGAAAAAAAGGAGAAGGAAAGACAAGAAAAGCUCUUGAUGAAAGAGGAAGAAAAGAAGAAAAAACAGGAACAAAAUGAAGCAAAGUUGGAGGAGAAAAAGAAGAAAGACGAAGAACUGAAACUCAAGAAAGAAGAAAAACAAAGAGAGGAAGAAGAAAAAGAGAAAAAAGCAUCGAAGACGAAGCAAGCUUUCCAGAGCUUCUUCAUCAACAAGCAAAGAGUGUCUCCAGUCUCAAAGGUAAAUGAAACAAACAGUUUGUUCAUGCCUUUCGAAGUUAAGAAGGACAUGAAACUGGCACCGUUCUGUCCCAGGAAACAGUUGGACAUUGAGGCAGCAGCAACACUGGAUCAGCUCUCUUUCCAACAGUCUUCAGACAGUGCCCUAUACCUUGAUGAGCUCAGAAAAGGGAAGAUACGUCCAAAAAAAUACACGGCAGUUGACAGGAAAAUUGAUAUGGUUGAUGACGACGUGAUGCUUGUACAUGAUGAGGAAGUGGUCAAGAAGGUUACAUACCAUUGUAAACUUCUACAGUUCCACACAAAUUACAGACCACCUUACUACGGAACAUGGAGGAAAAACAGCAAAUUUGUCAGUCCAAGGAAUCCCUGGAAACAGGACAAGGAUGUGUUUGACUAUGAAGUAGAAAGUGAUGAUGAAUGGGAGGAGGAAGAGCCCGGAGAAAGUUUGUCUGGAUCAGAGGGAGAGGAAGAGGAGGAAGGUGCUGAUGGGGAGGAGGAAGAUGACUGGAUGGUUCCCCAUGGAUACCUAUCUGAUGAUGAGGGAUGUCAGGCUGAUGAAGAUGUAAGUCCAGAGAUGAUGAAGGCAGCACGUCAGGCCAAGCUUGAAUCCUGGGAAAGUGAAUUGAAGCGCCAGACCAAAGCUGCGUUGCCUAUCAUAGUUGGCUGUGUUUGGCAACAGGCUGUUCAUAGUCUACAGAAACAAGUCCAAGAAACCAUUAACAGUUACCAGGCUGUGUGUUUGAGUACCGACCCUAUACCAACCACAUUCAGUGGAGGUAUUUACAGUAAGCUGGACGGUUCACCCUCCGACAAGAACUGUGCUACACCCAAAAAUGGCAUGAGAAAACCUGUUCCCGAGGAAGCAAUGCCAGAUUUGAUUCGUUUGGUCCAUGGAAACUUGGCAGGAAUCAAGAAACUGAUUAAAAAGUUCCGUGUAUUUUGGGGACAAAAGAUUUCUGGUGAACCAACCCCAUCAACACCUACAGAGUCAAAGAUGGAAGUUGAUACUAAUGAAGUGAAAGAUGAGGAAACACACAAUGAAAAAACUGCCAUGGAUACCUCGGAGAUCAUCGAGGAUGUCAACACAUACUGUAUAUCUAAACGACAACUGGAACUUAAAAUAUCAGCCAUAGCUGUACGUGAGAAGCGUGCAACAUACAAGAAAGUUUGUUGGUAUGUGCACGAAAACUUUCUGGAACAGUACAAAUUGACUGAUCUGCCUGUGCCUAAUUUACAAGACACUGACAUCGAGGCUCCAAAGCCUAAAUCUGAGGAACAAACUACGCCCACUCCCUUACUUAAAACACCAAAAGUGUCCAUUACACAGUUUGCAAGACCGAUGUCUCCAUCCGAGAUUGCAGCCCAGCAUGCCGCUGUGGCAGCCAAACAGGCCGCUGAGGCAUCUGCCAGAUUAGCAGCAUUAGAAGCUGCAUCUAAACAGGCUGCAAUCGAGGCAGCCGCAAAACAGCAAGCUAUGGAAGCAGCCAUGCGCCAGGCAGCGGCAGUCAAUGCCACUCAACUUGGCAAUAUGACAGUUAUCCCUGGAGCUUCAUUUACAUCUCCGCAGCACAGACCUAAUGUCAACUUCUUAUCGCCCUCGCAUCCUAACUUUGGUAAAGUCACAUCACCAAAGGUUGUACUCCCUGGAGGAUCUCUUACACCGAAAUCGUCCAUGGAGAAUCAGAGGAAAAGAAUCACUCCAACUAUGUUAUCUCCACUACUUCAGAAAUCUUUACAAAGUUCCCCAAUGGGAAAAAAUGAAUCUCCCAUCAGGAGAGUUCCCGCUAUGGUUUCACCAAGUAAUUCUCAAAAGAAGGUGACUCCAUCAAAGAUUUCGAGUGAUAAUCAACAGAAAAGGAUAGUCCCUACUACAGUAUCACCCCUGCAGACAAAGGCUGUUCCAAAAACUGACUCACCGUUCAACAUUGUCAGUGUGAAACCUAUAAACAAGCCAAAUGUUAAACCUCAGGGCCAUUCAGAGCCAGUCAAGUCACCUUCCUCAUUACAAAGCCCUGUUAGACAACCAGUGAAAAUAGGCCCUGUUAAACCAAUAAAUCAGGUGAUGAAAAUUGUAGGGGAAGGUCAUGAUUUAGAGAAUGCCAUUGUCAUAGAUUAACAUACUUUCUCAUAAUUUAAACAAAAAUUAAAAUAUAUAAACAGAUAGUAAUUUAAGAAGAAGAAAAAACUCAUCCUUAUCGCCAUUAUAAACCAGUAAGUUGGUGUGGUAUCUGAACAGCGGGAAGAUUAACUGUUCGUGUAUUGAAAUGCGAUGUUUAAUGAAAUAGCAUCUUUAUGUUCAAUUUAAAUUUGAAGUGAUGAAAAGCUCACCAAGUGCAAUAUAAAGGGAUCGUAGCCACCAGUUAAUGUGCAUUUGAUAUUCGUAUAAUGGUGGACUUUGACCUAUGCCAACUUUUAGAUCAACCUUAACUUAAUUCAUGAUGACAGUGUUCAUGUGCUCAUAAGAUCAUAGGAUGAUUUCUUAUUGUUUACAGUAAGGAUUUGGCACAAAAAGUCCUUAGGGCUAUUCCAGUAAAAUAUCUACCCCACCCCAGGACUCCAGUUUUUGUUUGAUAAUAAAAUAGAAUUGCUGUGGAUGAUUUCCUUUAUUUGUAAAAGAACUAAGAGGUAGGAAACCCAACCAUGGACAGAAGUGAUUCAUUUUGGAGUCCUGGGAUCAGGUAGAUGUUUUAAUGGAAUGGCCCUUAAAUUCUAUUUAAUAACAUAAAAUCAACCUACCAGUAAUGGAAGCACUUCAAAAUUGAUACAGUUGUAUACAAGAAAAAAUAUCUAUUAUUUUGUAUUUGACAUCAAUUGAAAUACAAGCAUGCUUUCAUUUUCUCAACAUAAGAGAAUGUUUGAAACAUGCCGAUUAUAAAUUAUAAUUGACAAAAAAGAUGGUACAAUCAUAAAUCAACACCAUUUAACUUUUGUUUUGUUAAAACGCUAAUGAGAGUAACCAUACCUGAUCAAAGAUUGUUCCCCCUGAUAACAACCUAUCUAUUAUAGUAGCUUUUGAGGGGACACCAUGAUUCUUUUUUUCUCUCUCUUUUAUUUUCUUUUUCUGGAAAGCAGGUGCAACUUGCUAAAUGCUUUCCAUAUAUAUUUUGGAACACCUGGCCCCAGUCAGCUUCAUCAAAAUUCCUUAACUUAAAUUUUUCUAUAGGAAAGCAUUAAAGAUUUUAAGGAAGUCUCCUCUAAGAUUCUUAUCCUUAAAUUCUGUUACAGUAUUAUGCUUUCCUUAGGAAAAUUUUCAAGUUCAGGAACAUUGAUCCAUGAAACUGGGGUCUGGAUAGAUAACAUAGGCACAGAUUAUUGUUUGUACACCAACAAGUUUACAUUGGCAAAUGAAACUCUGACAGUGCAUCCUUACACUUUUAAGUUCUUUAUUCCAUUGCUGGCAAGUCUGAUGUUAGAGUCGCUUAUAAGCAGAAUAAGUUUCAUUUUCUAUGCAAUAAACAUUUAAAGGCACAAGAACUAUCCUGACAGUCUACCUUAUUGAUAAUGUGUAAGGGGAAAAAAACAGAAGUUUCUUUUACCUUAUUAUGCAAGAAAUGUGAAUUUUGUGUGUUGAAGUGUUAAGGAAAUUAUCAGUACAUGUACAAUAAUAAUGAGUUAGCGGAAAAGAAUCAUAAAUAUCUCUUUAAAUAUGUUUAUGAGAGUGAAAACAAAACAUUGUCAGGGUAUUUUUUAAUUCAUUUAUUCCACUUGAGAGAUGUUUCCCUAAUAACUGGUCAUGUUUUUCACAUGAUUAUUGUAGGACCAUCUGGCCUGUUUUUGCUACAAUUCAUUGCCAUUUUCCACCCAUUUAUAUUUUGUAUUUAUUUUUGUAUAAUCACCAUUGAGAUGGAAGAUUUAUUUUUAUAAGUCACAGUAUUUUUAAUUUAAAUGAAAGGACACAUUGACGUUGCUAGUCCAACACUUGGUGAUACGUUUAUGAGUAGGUAUAUGUAGAAAAAAAAUGUUUAAAAAACUAAGUGGAUCAAAUAUGAACAAUAGGGGAAGAAAAGUGAUAUUUUUUUUUUUUUUUUUUUUCCAGGU